AUGGCUGAAGGGAGCUUCCGAUCAUUAACGGCUAAAGAGAUUCGUAAACAUAUCGAACGGCGUGGCGAGGAUAAACAGUCGCAACAGAAGCAGAAGAAAAGAGCUGAUGAUGAUGAUGACAAUAAUGGGUCAGAUGAUACGGCAAGGAAGAAAUGUCAUGAGGAUGACCGAUUGAACGAUCGGAAAUAUGGCCGAAAAAGAAGAGGAAGAAGUGUGGAGCGACACAAUGACAGUCGACACCGAAUUGACAGACAUUAUGACCGUGGACGAGAAACAGACUCGGUAAUUCGGGAACGGAGUUCUGGGCUCGGCCAUUCGAGAGAGCGAAGUCGGGAUCGAUGUUCAAGUAAGGAGAGGGAGGAUCGUGGCCAUCAUCACAAAGAGAGCGACUCGAAGCAGCAUAGAAGCAACAAGCCGUCGUACGAACGAAAUCGAGCUGUGCGAAGGAGCCGUUCCUCUCGGCAUUAUAGUCCAGAGGAUAGUGAAGAUGGAAGCAGCGAUCGACCAGCUUGGGCAACAAAGGCAGUUAUGAAAAGAGCAGAGGAAAUACAAAAGAGAAAAUUGAUUUGGAGUAAACCGGAGGAAAAGAAGGAAUUGGAAAGUGAUGCUGUUCCGUCACUUACUGGUCUGCGGCCAUCUACCACUUCUACAUGGAAUUCUAUUCUGGCUGCAAGUUCAUCAGAUAGCAAGCAAUUGGACAAAUUUAAACGUUUAAUGGGUAUGAAAAAAAGUGAUGAAGAAGGUCAAGAAGAAGUGCCGAAAGUAGAUAAUAAUCAAGUUGAAGCUGAAAGAAGACGGCAGCGUGAACUUUACAGUCACUUAGAUCAUCAGUAUGCAGUGGCACGAUCUGUCACGCAUCUCAGUCGAGGUCAGGGGCUUGGUUUCCAUCAGUGA